AUGUGGUUUUUUAUCUUUGGAUGGUUAUUUACAGUCCUGACUGUUUUUGAAAACGUUUUUGUGAUGUACUUGAUCAUUACACGACCACAACUUCGUGUAACAUCAAACUGGUUCGUGCUGUCCCUCGCACUGGCUGAUUUCUGCGUCGGUUUAAGCUAUUUUCCCCUACUUUUCGUUUCAAGUUUCUUCCCGUCACAGCUACCCGUCGACCACACAGGAAAUUGGUUCAAAAUCAGCCAUACAUUUCUCUAUUCCUCGACGGCGAAUCUUUGCGUCUUGACAGCAGAUAGAUACCUAGCAGUGACGAUGCCUCUGAAGUACCUCUUACGCAUGACAAAUAAAAAGCUGCUUUAUCUGAUCUCUUUGGCGUGGAUUGCACCGUUGUUUCUUUUCACGUUACCUUCCAUAUUCGUUUAUUCUGGCGGGAAUGAGCUGCUCAUUUUUGGCUUCGAAAUGUUCAGAGUUUCGAUCUUCCAGCUUGUUCCGAGCAUUCUAUUUAUUUUUGCCAUCUGCCGUCUCUGUUUCAUAGCUCGAGACAUUUCGCGGAAAGAAGCAGCCCUCAUGGCUCAAAUCAGCUAUAAUUUUCAGCCGCAACAAAAUGCGACUAGAAAGAAAUGCAAGGAAAAAAAGGCCUCAGUAAAUAUGAUUAUAUUUAUUAUUGUGUUCUUCGUCCUUUGCCACAUUGGGGGAAAUUUUCGCUGUUUUUGUUACGUCUUCAAAACUUGCAUCGUUUCUGACGGUUUGAAAAGAGCCAUCCACAUCUUUUUUGUUAUGAACUCGGCCGUAAACCCAGUUGUUUACGCUGUCUUGAAGAAGGACAUAAAGAGGGAGCUGAUGAAAAUGUGUGCGAUGUGAUUGCAAACGAUUCUAUGUUUGGGAUCGGAGAAAUUAAAAUUUUUUUAUAAAUCAUUAUACAACAUUGCGAAAAUCCAACAAAAUUAAUUGAAAACAUUUUAAAAGCCAGUGGAAAACCAUAUUUUGGUUUAGUAAAAACGAUGUUUUUUUCUUACAACUUUUGGUCAAUUAAACAUGUGUUUGGUUUGGAAAAGUGAGUAAAAAAAACGCGUCGCGGUUAAAAUUGCACGCGUUUUGUGAUGUAAAUAACUGUUUACUAUGACACCUGAAAUCAUAUACUAAAUAUAAUGUUUAUAUGAUCAUCGAUGUCAUUUUAGAAUGAACCUCCUGAUUGAAGAAUGAAAAUUGUUCCUGUAAUAUCUCCAGUUUUUGUGUUUAUGUCGGAAAGUAGUGCUUGUAGGAUAUUACACCGUGAAGCUAUCACGUGUUGUUAUUGUCAAGCAACCAGUGAAUGGGUAAAAAUUGCAGCUUAAGUUAGGCGUUUGUACAACAUCGAGAGAAUUAAUAACAAAAAUUGUAAUAACAAUGUAUAUAAUGAAUAAAAAGGCAUUCUUAAAAUGAUUAAUAUCAUGGUAUCAUUUAUUUUUUGCUUAAGUGAUUAGUUCACCCCAGACAUGUCUGUAGAGUACAGAGAAACAGCGAACUGGCCAAAUUUAUUGUAAAAGGUUCUAACCAUUUUUCGAAAAACGAUCCGCGCGCACUUUUAUUUUUUUGUCUUUUAGGGCUCUUUCAGGGUAUUCGUAUAUGUACAAUUGCAAGGCAACCAAAAAUUAUAACAAUUCGAUUUCCUUACAUUUCACGCUCCCAUUCGUUUUUAACUAAUUUUAUAAUUGCCUUUCAUUAUAUUUGCUUUUAAAUUUUUUAAAAUUUCCUUUCGACACGUUGCCAAAAAAAUUGUUGUCAAUUACAGCUUGGCUAAGCUCCUUUCCAGAUAAACUUUAAAAAAAUGUUCUUCAACAAAUUUCAAGGAGGUAAAUAAUUUCACUUCGCAAGGAUAUGAGGGGUUAAAUAACUGACGGUCAGCUUAGAAAGCGUCACCCUCCCCUUCUCACGGGCCUAUCAAGUUUGUUUGCAGUUCGCCAAGGGUCGGCCGCAGUGUCUUCCACAGAGAGCGAAAUAUAACUACGAACACUUUUAUGCAGAUCAGCUGGUUUAUUUCAAGCUCACGAUGUGGUUUUUCAUCUUUGGUUGGUUUUUCACCGCAUUUGUUGUUCUUGGAAAUGUCCUGGUAAUUUAUUUGAUCAUCACAAGACCUCGACUACAUGUUAAAACGAACUGGUUCAUUCUUUCUCUUGCACUGGCCGAUUUCUGCUUCGGGUUAAGCUAUUUUCCCAUGAUUUUUACUUCGUAUUUCAACGCUCAAAUAUCCACCGAUCAUUCAGGGCUGUGGUUCAAAAUCAGCCAUACAUUUCUCUAUUCUUCGUGUGUGAAUUUGUGCGUGCUGAUAACGGAUAAGUAUAUUACAGUUAUGAAGCCGUUGAGAUACGAUUCCUACAUGACACGAAAGCGACUCUUGUCUGCGCUCGCCUUAGCAUGGAUUACACCAUUUCUCCUGUUCACAGUACCCUCAUUUUUCACAUAUUCAGGAAGAAACGACUUAUUCACGUUUGCUUUUGAAACAUUUAGAGUACUUAUUUUUCAGCUUGUGCCAAGUGUCGCGUUUGUUUUGAUAACAGGACAUCUCUUCCUGAUAGCGAGACGCAUUUCGCAAAAAGAGACACUUCUACUCGCUCAACUCAAGUUUAAUUUUUGUGAACAUCCGAAAAAACGAGUUAAGAAAAUCAAAGAAAGGAAAGCUUCUAUGAAGAUGAUUUUCUUAAUCAUUUUAUUCUUCGUUCUUUGUCACAUUGGAGGGAACUAUCGUUGUUUCUGUUUCACAUUCAAAAUGUGUGUCGCUUCAGAGACUUUAAAAAAAGUUAUUCGCAUCUGUUUUAUUUUAAAUUCGGCUGUCAAUCCUUUAGUAUACGCUUUUUUGAAAAAAGAUAUGAAACGGGAACUGAAAAAUGUGGCCAUUGGACAAAAGCUGUCAUUGGUUAAAGCCUUUAAGCGGAAUUCACCAGACCCGGCAAUUGAGCUUCGUUAG